CGAAACGAUACGAUGGUCCCCACUGCAAGUUAUAGAGUGCCUUUUCUUCGACCAAAAGCUUGGAUCGUGUCACGAACAUGUGGAGUUUCUGGAAGAGGUCGAACAAAAGGCAAGCCAGCGAGUGGAAAGCUUUGGGCCGCUGCAAACCUUCGACUUCGUCAACGACACAACCGCUUUCGAAGUCCGAUGGUUUUGUUUCGCUUUAUGGCGCAAAGCGAGCUCGUCUCCACUCAGCCUCGCGUGGCCCGAGUGCUCGCACCAUCACGCAUGAUGCAGAUCGCGUUGCAAGCCUCGGAGCCACUUUGCGCGAGCGCGAGUAGUACGAAGACGAAAGUCGAUCGGUACGACGAUCGAUCGGUUAGGCUGCGCUGGCUUACGUAUCGCAUAAAAAAACCUCCUCCCCUGCUGCUGCUGCUGCUGCUGCAUGGCCAUGACGGGCCUAGAGCUGGCCGAGAUCUACCGCCUGCAGGCACAACCCACUGAUCGUGGCCGAUUCACUCCGCGGCUCCGUGUCUGAAAGACACGAUGAUCCGAUCGGGCCCCUGGGGCUCGUCCGUCGUGCACAACUGGGUCGCAUGGUCUGACGAUGUUCCUUUUGUCUUCUCCUAGCCUCCCCUCGAGAAUCUUCCGGCUCGAGCCGACGCAAUUCUGUGCGAGUCGCGAUGCCAUUCAU